AUGGCGACUGUAGAGGAUCGAUGGGUAGAAUAUAAGCACUUGGAGAAGAAAGACCUCUUGAGAAUAUGCGAGGGGUUAAACAUCGACAUCAUAUGGAAGGCUUGGAAAGACGAUAUCAUUCGGACCAUUAUAGACGUGCAAGAUAAACUCACGAACUACGAUCGCACAAUGAACGCAGCUGGAGCCAUAACUGUGACACAGUUUGUUUCGGGAUAUGAAAGCCUGGAACUGCUGCCAACAACCAAUCCCCGCAGUCAGAGGGCGGAGCGGUAUGGGUUAUUCAUGAAGAACGACCUCAUAAAACGAUGCAGAGACCUGAAAGUUGUUAUGGGCUGGAGAUCAAGCAGAGACGACAUCAUAGAAGCUAUAUUGAACGCAGAAGACCAAGCAGGCGGCAGCAUAUACAUAGUCGGACCAAUGAGGUCUACGGCUCAGCCAACAAACUCCCCCGAAGACCAGCCUAUGGACAGACAAUACAAGUAUUAUAAAGAGAAAAGCAGAAACUUUCUCAAGCGUCGUUGCAAAGUAUUCCGGAUCUCCAGGUCGAAGAGAAGGUCCACUCCACAACUUGCCCGCAACAUCAUGGAAGUGGAAGGCAAAGCCUCUGGGAUGCAAAAGAACAAACACAUUUACAUCCCUCAAGGCCCAUACGCGCCCGUAAUGCCGUCUACCAGCUUAAUCCCGACGCAGCCAACCAUACCAACUGCCUGGGCAUCCAUGGGAAAUAUUAGCUCCUGGCCAAACCCCCACCAGCAUGCAAACCAUGCAGACAUCACCGUCAUAUACCCCAAGCCAACGCACAGCCUAAUCGCAGGCAGCGGCCUCCCCAUUGCCGCGACGACGCAGUUAAACCCCAUCUACGCAAAGUACCGAGACCAAACACAGAUGCCAAUGGAGCUCUCGUAUGAGCCCCUCUACCGCACGCCGCGCAUGGACGAAGCCGCCGCGAUAUACAACGACAUGUCCCUCACCCAGCUUCAGGACAUCGUCAGAGCUCGCGGUUACACCCGCGGCAUCGAACAGGAUUGUGACACGAAAUUAGAGUGCAUUGAUAUCCUCCUCGACGACGACAGGAAGCAGGGUUUCCUCCCAACGGCCCCGGCUCCCGUCUAUUCGUUGGAACCUGGGAAGCUAGAGGAAGCAAACCCUGAUCCCAGUAUCUUCAUCCGCAGGCCGACGGUGAUGCAAGUUGAAGUCUUGAGGAUCCUGUUGACGUCUCGGCUGGAGCCAGAAGAAUUCCAGUGGUCGAGAGAGGAGUUUUAUGAGGACUUCACGCUGGCGGAGUUGGAGAAGGAGGUCUUUGCGAGGAGGGUCAUGUAUGUACCAACUGUGCGGAGACAGUUGGUGCGAAGUGAUAUGAGGAUGUUUGAGAGGGUGAGACGGAAGAGGGCGGGUCUUCCUCCAAGGGGGAACGAGGUUCAACAGGCACAAGAUGGCACAGUUACUGCAACCACGACUGCGACCGCGACCACACUGACAAGCCCACCAGUUGCUAAAACCACAACUGCGACUGAGACCACCGUGCCAAGCCCACCCACUGCGAAAUCUGUGACGUGGGCGCCUGGUGUGGAUGGUUCUGGAUGA